AUGUCCAUGCCACCUUCCAUCACUCGUUUCGACGCCAACAAUCCCUCCACCACUCCGCAAGCCCUUAUUGAGAUCAUCAACCGCGAUGGCAGCGUCAUCGUUGAGAAUCUCAUCUCCAAGGAUCUAGCCGCGCAGAUAAAAGCCGAUCUGAAACCGCACUUCGACGCCGACAUCCCCGACAAAUACGGGUUCUUUCCUGCCACCACGCAGCGCGCCACAGGGCUGCUGGGGAUCUCAGAUGCCUGCGUCGAACUGGCCUGUAACCCGCUGUACAUCGCCGUUGCGAACGCCCUAGUCUCGUCCCGGUAUACCAUGUGGAGAGGCGAUCGGCAAGAGACGGUCAGUGGGAAGCCGAUCCUGACGUCGACGGUCGGGUUUCGGGUGAAUCCUAGAGGAAAGCAGCAGGUCUUACAUAGGGACGAUAAUGACUACCACCCGCAUGAUAAAAAGUUGCCGGUGAUGAUUGGAUGCGUCACGGCGUUGACCAAAACGGUCAAGGAGAAUGGUGCCACGAUUGCUAUCCCGGGAUCGCAUCUAUGGGGUCCGGAGAGACGUCCGCUUGAUGAAGAAGCGGUUCCCGCGGAGCUUGAACCCGGAGAUGCCCUUAUCUUCCUAGGGAAUUUGUAUCAUGCUGGCGGGGCGAAUACUACUCAGAACGAGCGCCGUGAAACCGUAGGUAUAUUCCUCUGCCAGCCGACUUUACGUCCCGCUGAGAACUAUUUCCUGGAAAUCCCGCUGGAGAGGGUGAGGAAGCUGAAACCGCAGGCGCAGCGACUGCUAGGAUACGGGGUCAUGAAACCCGGAGUAGGCUUCAUGCACUACCAGGACCCCAUGAGGGUGUUAUUCGGGGUGGAGGACGAGGAAACGAUCAACAUGUGA